CUUACAUAUUUAAUGAAAAGAAAGUUCACUUAGUGUUAAAGGUAAACGUCUUGUCUUUCUCGAAAAUAUAAUAUAUUUUAAUACUAACAAAAUAGAUUUGUGCAUCGAUGUAAACUGUCAUGGCGGACCAUGGGAAACAAAAAUCGUCGGCAGCUAAAGAAACAAUGGAUGUCCUUAUGGAAAUGUCGAGUAUCCUGAACACUGGGUUGGAUAUGGAGACGUUGGCUACAGUUGUACGGUUAUGUGAGAGCGGAGUUAACCCGGAGGCAAUAGCGCUGGUUGUCAACGAGCUCAGAAAGGAAUCUGCUUCAAUAAAAAACGAAGGCAACCAAACUGGGAGCUGAAGGAAGUAGCUACAAAAGGAUGAGUGUACAUGGACAUGAACAUUGACAUGGAAGACAUCUUCCUCACUUCUAGUGUGUGAAUGAAACUUAGUUUGACAAGAUAUGACAAUACUAUAAUUGCAGCAUUAAUACUUGAUUUCUAGCCAUAUUAUUCUUCAGCAAACAUCAUUGUUCUGUAAGUCAAACAUAACCCCAAAAGAUCAUCAAGUUUUGAUUUACUGAUAAUUAUAAUAUAUUUGGGUGAUGUUUUGUGCUUUUAAUUAUCACCACCUUAUGGAAUGCAUCUGAUAAUAAUGUGUAUAAAAGUUAUGUCACUGAAUGAAAAAAAUGUGUGAUAAUCUUACCCAAACAAAUAUAAAUCUUGUGUAAAAGUAUUUUCAAAAAAAAAAAAAAAUCCUCACUAGCUAGUUGUUAUAAUGCCAAGGAUACGUUGUAUAUAUAAACACUUACUAUUGUAAAGAAUUUUAAAAUUUAGACAUCUUUUUAAAAUGUAGGCUGAGCCUAAAAUGUUUGUAUAGGAAAAAUUAUAGCAUAAUUUCUAUGAUGUAUUUGAAGUGUUUGAUUUUAAUGCCUAUGUGAUAGAUUCUUAAGAUAUUAUUUAAAUAUUGAAUUUUUAACCAGAGAUUUAUACAUACUGUGUAGGAAUAUUUAUAUAUAUACAGUCCAAAGCACCCACGCUACGAUUAAGGAUGUGAUGUUUUAAAUGUUAUUAAAUCUGUAGAAAUACUGUAAAACGUAGCGUGCUCGCCGAAUGGGUAUAACCCGAUGGCGAGGGUAAAUAAG